CCUGCCCUGACCUGACCUGCUUUGCCCCCAUGAAAACUCCAACCAAAAUUCUCUUUCACUUUGCGUACUUUUUGGUCUCCAUCUAUUUUCUUCUUUCAACUUGUUUUUACUAGUAACAUUUUCUCUUUGUUUUAAUUUCUGCAAAUUUCAAGUUUAGGGCUUCAACUUUGAGCUUAAACACACUCAGCAAAGCUGGAUAGGUACAGAGCCGACCGCUAUGGCGAUGGCAACAACACCACCACCAACAACCAAGACUCUUACUAUAAUAACAAUAAUCACGACCGUUACUAUAGAGGACCCUCGCGUUUCUCCGACGCUUCUCCUAUGAGCCGCUAUAACAACAUUAACACCGACACCAAUACUAAUUUCAACGAUAAGUUCGAUGCCCAAGAUCCCUACCAACACCGUCGACGUAGCCCUAGCAACUUCCGUGGCAGUGGAGGAGGAGGAGGACAUCGUCCCUUCGAUAGUCCUCCUCGUCAGCAUCACAACAGCGCUGGCGGAGGUGGAAGCUUUCGGCCAAUUGGAGGUGGCGGAGGAGGGGGAGGUUUUCGGCCUAUGGCCGGUGGUUUUGAGGGUAAUUAUCCAAACCCUUCACCGCAUCAUCUGCAGCCAGCUCAUACGGGACAGAAACGCCCUUUUCCAUUUUCUGGCCGUGGAGGUGUUUCCCCCAACAGAGAUCGAUUUGGUGGUGCUGGCGGUGGGGGCAAUUUUGCCAAACUUUUUGUGGGAUCUGUACCAAGGACGGCUAGAGAAGAGGAUAUUCGGCACUUAUUUGAAGAACAUGGAGAUGUGAUAGAGGUUGCUUUAAUAAAAGAUAAAAAAACUGGCCUACCUCAAGGAUGUUGUUUUAUAAAAUAUGCAACCUUAGAAGAAGCCGAUAGGGCUAUCAGAGCCUUACACAAUCAACAUACCCUGCCUGGGGGAGUGGGUCCUAUCCAAGUCAGAUAUGCUGAUGGGGAGCGAGAACGCCUUGGUGCAGUUGAGUACAAAUUGUUUGUUGGGUCGCUGAACAAACAAGCUACUGAAAUGGAUGUUCAGGAAAUUUUUUCUCGAUUUGGUCGAGUUGAAGAUGUUUACCUCAUGCGUGACGAAUCAAAGCAGAGUCGUGGCUGUGGGUUUGUUAAAUACUCUGAUAGAGAAAUGGCACUAGCAGCUAUAGAUGCUCUCAAUGGAAUUUAUACAAUGAGAGGUUGUGAUCAACCAUUAACUGUCCGUUUUGCUGAUCCUAAGAGGCCCCGGCAAGGACCUGGAGACUCAAGGGGUGGUGCUGCUACAUUUGGAGGUCCAGGUUUUGGUCCUCGUUUCCAAACACCAAGGCCUAGACCAGCACCCAACUUUGGUGAUGCAAUGGGGGAUCGUGUUCCACCUACUGCUUGGCACCCUAUGAGUCCACAGAAUAUGGGACCAACUUCUAAUCCUGGCAUUCGGAGUAUGGGGAACCAGUUGCUACCUAGGUCUGCUGACCUAGCAAUACCUUUAAAUCCAGGUGCUCCUUUUGGUGGCCCUUCAGAUGGUUCUCUUCCUGGCCUUUCAGUUUCAUCUUCAUCUACUUCAGUACAGGGAUUUAAUCAAUCUUCAUCACAAAUUCCAACUGUUGGUCACCAGAUUUCACCUUUACAGAAUCCCCUUGAAUCACCUCAGAAUCUACCGCCUUCCUUUCAACUACACCCCCAAGCACCUAUGUCAUACUCGCAGACACAAACUUCACAUGUUGGUCAACUUCAAGUUCCUCCUGCUAGUCAUACUCCCUUCAGUCAAGCUCUUCCCUCACAACAUUUAGCUGGUUUGAGUGGCCAGUUGCCUGCGUCUCGGCCACUGGUUCAGCCGAAUGUUUCAUCUGGUGCAGCACUACAAAACCCUUUGAAUGUCAACUUACCGCCCAAUUCUGCGGCCAGUGCUGCAAAUCAACAACAGUUACCUGCUCCUAACCAGCAGCAGCCGCUGCAACCACUUCAGCAAUCCCCUUCUCAGCUAGCGCAGAUGCUGUCUCAACAAACACAAACUCUGCAAGCAAGCUUCCAAUCAUCUCAGCAGGCAUUUUCUCAGCUGCAGCAACAAUUGCAGCUGAUGCAACCUUCAAAUCAAAAUAUGACAUUGCGGCAGAAUUCUCAGGCUUCUAAACAUCAGUGGGCUGGUAUGAUGCCGCAGGCUGUUGGCAGCGCUCCUGCCAAAACACCCGGUACAGAUGUUCCUUCAUCUGCAUCUGCUGCUAUGAAACCGGUAGUAGAAUGUCAUUGGACAGAGCAUACUUCACCUGACGGGUUCAAAUACUAUCAUAACAGUGUAACACGUGAAAGCAAGUGGGAGAAGCCUGAAGAAUUAACUUUGUUUGAACAACAGCAGCAGCAACAACAAAAGCCACCUGUUCAACAACCUCAAACUCAGUUACAUGCUGCUCAGCAAGCUUCACAACAGGCACAGCUGCAAACCCAGCUUCAGACGCAGAUUCGCCAUCCUCACCAGUUACAGCAUCCUAUCUAUCCCACAGCGUAUCCAGCUUCUGGAGUUAGAAAUCAACAAAGUACACAGGAACUUGGUUACGGACAAUUACCAGUGGCACCAUCACCCAAUGAUCCAUCACGAUUCCAACAAGUAUAAGGGGCCUCAGAUGGUACAGGAUUUAGCAUGGAAGAAUAAGCCAUAAGGGACUUGAAAUUGGAAGCCGAGGAGAGUCUCCUAGGGGGGAUCGUGUUUCUUUUAGAAGAAUGCCUGGCGAUCAUAAUAACAAAUAGUCAUGGCAAAUGGCAAUGGCAUGGAUGCAGCAGCAACCCAUUUUAAGCUAAAAUGCCUGGCAGAUCUGAUGUGUAAUAAUAGAAGCUACAAUAUAUGUAAUAGUAAUCUUCUCAGAAUUUAGUGUGGUAAAAAGCCUUUGCCUGGUUACAGGCAUUUUAUGCUUUUGCCAUUAAAUAUUAGGGCAAUGAAAGCCAUCUGUAUUUGUGUAACAUAAUAUAAGUUCCUAUAAUAACCCGAUAUUUAGAAAAA